GUAUACUCACUCACUCGUAUAAUCUUUAUUAAUUUAAUUGCGCUUCCGAAUUCCGAUCGAUCAGAGCAAUUUUUUUUUUAUAAUGUCCAAAGAAAUGAUGAGCGAGGAGGGACGGGCUUCCCACGGCGGGAAAGACUACGUGGAUCCCCCGCCGGCGCCCCUCUUCGACUUUGGUGAGCUCCACCGCUGGUCUUUCUACCGCGCCAUCAUCGCCGAGUUCGUCGCCACCCUCCUCUUCCUCUACGUCACCGUCGCCACCGUCAUCGGCCACAAGAAGCUCAACGCCGCCGACCACUGCGACGGCGUGGGCAUUCUCGGCAUCGCCUGGGCCUUUGGUGGCAUGAUCUUCGUUCUUGUCUACUGCACCGCCGGAAUUUCAGGUGGGCAUAUCAAUCCGGCAGUGACGUUCGGGCUGUUUCUGGCUAGAAAGGUGUCCUUAAUAAGGGCGGUGUCAUACAUGGGGGCACAGUGCUUGGGUGCCAUCUGCGGGGUGGGGCUGGUGAAAGCGUUCAUGAAGGGCCACUACAACCAGCUCGGCGGCGGCGCAAACGCCGUCAGCGCCGGAUACAACAAGGGCACCGCCUUGGGUGCGGAGAUCAUUGGCACAUUCGUCCUCGUCUACACCGUCUUCUCCGCAACGGACCCGAAGAGGAGCGCGCGUGACUCUCACGUCCCCGUCUUGGCUCCCCUCCCCAUAGGUUUCGCGGUGUUCAUCGUCCACUUGGCCACCAUCCCCAUCACCGGAACCGGCAUCAACCCGGCCAGGAGCCUUGGCGCCGCCGUCAUCUACAACAAUAACAAAAUCUGGGAUGAGCACUGGAUCUUCUGGGUGGGCCCUUUUGUGGGAGCUCUGGCAGCCGCCGCCUACCACCAGUACGUCCUCAGAGCUGCCGCCGUCAAGGCUUUGGGGUCUUUCCGCAGCAACCCUAGCAAUUGAUCGAUUUACAGUGAUUGAUUGAUUAAUUAAGCUUAAUUUCAGCUUUAUCAUUAAUGCAACGCUAUAUAUAUGUGAUUGAUUAUAUUGUUUUUAUUAAACUUGCGGAUUGUGUACGAACUUUGUGUAUCUGUUUGCUUUGCUGAUGUGCUAAGCUCUUCUAAUUUCAUUGUGGCUAAUGCAUAUAUUUCAUCUUUAAUUUUUAAUAAUUACUCCGUCUUAAU